CGAUAACCGCCCGCCACCAGCACCCCCUUGGCUAUCAUGACGUCGGUCGUGACCCUCAACGGCAUCGAUGUGUCCGCGCUGGACGAGCGCGAGUACGAGACCUUCACUCUUUGCAACUCUCUGCAAGUUCUGGUCAUCUCAGACCCCAAGACGGAGAAAUCCGCUGCCGCAAUGGACGUGCACGUGGGCCAUCAGAGCGAUCCGGAGGAGCUCCCGGGGCUUGCACACUUCCUGGAGCACAUGCUGUUCCUCGGCACAGCCAAAUAUCCGGAUGAGAACAGCUAUAAGAAGUUCCUGAGCUCUCACAGUGGCCGUAGCAACGCAUCGACGUCUCAAAUGCACACCAAUUUCUACUUCGACGUGCUAAGUGACCACUUGCACGAAGCUCUGGACCGUUUCUCGCAGUUCUUCAUCGCCCCGCUAUUCACUCCUGGAGCCACACAACGAGAAAUGAACGCCGUCAACUCGGAGAACGCCAAGAACCUGCAAAACGACCACCGACGACUGUAUCAACUGCAGAAAUCUCUGUCAAAUCCCGAUCACCCGUUCCACAAGUUCGGCACAGGCAAUCUAAAGACUCUGGGAACUAUUCCAAGCGAAAAAGGGAUCGACGUACGAGCAGCAUUGCUGGAUUUCCAUGCCACAUACUACUCAGCCAGUAUCAUGAAGCUCGUGAUCUGUGGCAAGGAGAGUUUAUCAACUUUGAAAGGCUGGGCAGAGGAGUUAUUCUCCGAGAUUAAGAACACAGGCCGGAGCUUCCCAACGUUCGGAGAUGCAGUGCCAUUUGACGAGUCGAGGCUCGCUCGUGUGGUGCACGUAGCUCCAGUCAAAGACCUUCGCGUCAUAGACGUAUCAUGGCCACUACCGUCGCUGCAUUGGGACUUUUUAACGAAACCCACGAAGAUCUUGUCCCAUUUAAUGGGUCACGAAGGUCCUGGCUCGAUUUUAAGCUACUUGAAGGCUCAGAAAUGGGCGAACGGACUCUCUGCUGGCCUGUUCCGUGACAACGAGGACUGGGGGUUAUUCUGCGUCAAAGUCGACGUGACGGAUACCGGUAUUGAGCAUGUAAAUGACGUCGUGGAAGCCGUGUAUCAAUACAUCCAGACUUUGCAACGUGAGGCUCCGUUUGAGCCCUGGAUCUUCCACGAGACACAAGACUUGGCGCUGCAAAACUUCCGCUUCAAGAGCAAGGAGAGUCCCAUCAACUACGCAAGCCACUUGGCGAACGUCAUGCAUCGCUAUCCGCCCAAGUACAUUUUGUCCGGUGGCUACAUCCUGUACGAAUACGACGGCGAUAAAGUCCAAAAGAUUCUGGACUUACUCACCCCUCAACGAAUGCGUCUCACAGUGGUAAGUAAGACGUUUGAAGGCAAGACACAGAAUGUGGAGAAGUGGUACCAGACUCCGUACUCGGAAGGCUCUAUUGACCCUGAAUUACUGCAGCGCUGGACGUCACCGCAGCCCAACCCGGCACUGAAGCUCCCUCAUCGCAACGAGUUCAUCUGCAGUGACUUCCGUAUCGUGACACCCUCUCGCUCAGCUGAAGACGCGGCUGUAUCUCCUCCGAUACUGCUGCAACAUGACGAGCAAUGUCGUCUCUGGUACAAGCCGGACACUCAGUUCCGCAAACCCAAGAUGCUGAUGCACUUCCUGUUCUACUCGCCGUCGCUGUCUUCCACUCCGUACCACGCAGUCCUCACGAGUUUAUUCGUACGCUAUCUCAAAGACAAGCUCACUGAGGUAUCUUACGAUGCAGAACUCGCUGGAAUGGAAUACGAGAUCGGCUUCAAUUCCCGCGCGUUGGAGCUGCAUGUUGGCGGAUAUUCCCACAAACUGCCCACGUUAUUAUGUAAGGUCCUCCAACAAAUGUUAGAGAUGACAAAAACCGAGUACAAGUACGAAGACGCUGUCUUUGAGCGCGUCAAGGACCGUACUAAACGCAUGUACGAGAACUUCUUUCUAGAAGAGCCUUACCAGCACGCUGUUCACGUCUGUAGCCAGCUGUUGGAGGUCUCGAAAUGGAGCGUGGACGACAAGAUCCGUGCCAUCGAGCACCUCAGUUUAUCCGACCUAGCGUCUCACAGUCAGUUCAUCUUCCAGCAGGUGUUCGUAGAGGGAUUCUUGUAUGGAAAUCUACAGCAAAACGCAGCUCCACCUUUGAUGCAACAAGUGCUGAACUACUUUAACUUCGGGAAAAGUGGAGGCACUUUCCCACUAUUUGCCAGUCAAGUGACCAAGCCGCGUGUUGUCCAACUCGCCGACUCCAGCGAGUAUCGUUUCCAACGUCGUGAAUGGAACGAAGCCAACCUCAACUCGGCCAUCUGCACUCUGUACCAGUUAGACUGCGAGACUGAAGGUACUACGAUGGCUCUGCGUGCUCGUCUCGAGCUGUUUGCGCACAUUUUCAAGGAACCGUGUUUUAAUCAGCUUCGUACUCAAGAACAGCUCGGUUACCUCGUGUUCUCCGGUAUUUUACGCACUGAGGGCGUCGAUUACUUCCGUAUCCUGAUUCAAUCCGACGUGGCAUCUCCACAACUGCUGGACCAGCGUAUCGAGUUGUUUGUGGCUCGAUUCCGAUCGAUUAUUGCGGAAAUGCCGUUAGAAACGUGGCAGAAGCAGGUGAAUGCAGUGGUCAAGGCCUUACUGGAGAAGCCCAAGCACGAGCUGGAGGAAUCCAUGCGUGCGUGGCGGGAGAUUGCCAACGAGACGUUCGUGUUCGACCGUAGACAGCUCGUGGCCGCUGUAGUGUCGACUCUACAGCCUCGUGACCUCGUGGCGUUCUUCGACUCGUUCAUCGCUGUCAAUGGCGAGCGGAGGAGUAAACUCAGUAUCUGUCUGUAUGGAGCAAAGCACCCGUUCCCCGAGCUUGUAGCGGACGAGAGCUCGAGUUCUACUGUCAGGUCCACGGGUCUGACUGCAGCGAUGCUCCUGCAGCAACAAGUGGAGAACGAGAGGGUGAAUGUGGUCAAGGUGAUCGACGAUGUUGCUGCGUUUAAGCAGCAGAUGCCGCUGUUCCCGGAGCGAGCCACCAGCAAACCCACUACCGCUAGACUUUAGACUCUACAUGUAGACUUGACGCUAGCUGCGUAAAUAUACGCGCUCAUAAUGAAGAAGAGAAGACAAAUGCAAGUUGAAGAGCUC